GUCAAGAGUACGUCGUAGUAGCCGAGGCGCCAACCAUCAUGGCGAACCCAAGGAAAUUUAGCGAAAAAAUAGCUUUGCACAAUCAAAAACAGGCCGAAGAGACGGCAGCCUUCGAGCAAAUAAUGCGAGAAGUUAUCGGAGCUACCCGAACAACCCAGGCCCCAGCAGAUGCGAGAAACUGGCAGUGGCCUUAUGAAACGUAUCUUCCGCAAUCUGCUAAUGGUGCAUACACUGCAAAGCACCAGUUAAGCAUCAACCAAUCCUUGGGUACCUACAGGGGAGGAUCUCUUCCCAACGUCAAUCAAAUGAGUGCCUCAGGAAGCAGUAUAGACCUUCAGGGUGCACUGAAUAAUUUGGAAGACAUGAAGCAAGGCCGGGAGAGUGUGCCUGAAAGGCCUCACAGCCGGGAACGUGGUAGACACGCUACUGCUCCGCACAGAAAUCGUCAAUUUCCUUUUGACAAAAGGACGGACGUUUCCCCAUACGGGUCAUCAUUGUACCUGUCUCCUCCACCAGACAGCAGUUGGAGAAGGACAAACUCCGAUUCCGCCAUUCAUCAGAGUACAACGAAUCCUCAGGACACAAGUGGGCAGCGGAGAGGAACAGACCCGGUGACUGCACGUGAUUUUGACCAGUUUUACCGAGACGGAAAGCUGGAUACCUUCGGGCAGGAGCAACUUGGUAUGCACGACAUGAACCUUCUUACAACAGACAACAUGCAUAUGAGAGCAUACUGGGACCCAAAAGGAGGAGGGGAUGACUGCUACAGAAAUAAUACCAACGAUCUCAUUGGAUGUACUGUGCCACCAUCUCACCUUAGGCCAAAGUCUUGUGAAGUUCCAGGAAUCAGCAUUUAUCCUUCUCAAGACGAAAGCUCUGUAGCAACGUCUCCAUCAGGAGGGACAACUGGUGCAAUGCAAGUGCCAUCUGUGAAUAACAGCAAUACAGGCUCUCUGCCAGACCUCACGACACUUCAUUUUCCGCCACCUUUGACGACACCCCUCGAUCCUUCUGAGGAAUAUGCUUCAAGUAGUGCGCAGCCCUCUCCGUCAUCUCCCAGCCACAUGCAUGGUCAGCAACAGCAACUUCACCAUCCGCAGCAACAUCAGCAACAACAACAUCAGCAACAACAACAUCAGCAACAACAGCAACAUCAUCAGCAACAGAUACACAUGGCUGGCGGCAGUGGUGGUACACAGACACCGCCAGCUUCCCCACGAGGUGCAAGCCCUUCGGCACGACAUGCCAGUCCUGGUCCCGCACCUUCCCCAUCUUCCCGGCGGAGAGUUCACCACAGUUCCACCAGCAUGGUGUUGGGCCGGCAAGUACGUGUCCCUUCCCACCACCAGCACCCGCCCAGUAUCACGGUGGAGGGUCUCACGAUCGACACAAACGCACUUUCUCUUGAUGGUUACUCGGGUCAGAGGCAGUCUCACCAAUUUGGAGUUUACCCACAGCAGUCUUCUGUAGGGCAACCACCAACAGGAUCACCACACAUGUAUCCCCCAUCGUCCCCAAUUCAACAAAUGGCACCUCAGAGUCCGCAGCAGCAUUCAUAUCGUGGGCAGAGCGGCCAUAUCGAGCAGUCCUGCAGCAGCGCCCCUGCAUCUCCAACGUCUGCACCAGGAAUGUGCUCCUUUGGCGAGCGUUCUCCUUCUGCGUACUAUGUGCCCCCUAAUACAGCUCCCCCAAUGCAGAAACACUUUAACAUUGACUACCAGGACAGGGCCUUUCAGCUGCCAGAUAAUAGCAGCAACACCUCUCCGGUACAGAACAAUCCUGGUGGCAUGUUUUUCACAGAUUCAUUGGGAAGAGACUACUACAACAGGGACCUCCAAAACAAGACCUCUUCAGAUCACAGUACGACGCCUCAGACGCCGACGAGCAUCCCCGAUAUUAUUCUCACAGACCCACAUUGGCCACAUGACCAGUUUCAAUUUCAAUGCAGUGGCCCUGGUGUGAGUGAGGCCGCACUGCUGAAAGCGCAAGACCUGGCUAAAUGCGACCUUGUGUCCCAUUCAGCCCUGGCCCAGUUAUCAGCCUUCGACUCCAGUGACCUCUUCUCAGCAGAAGAGGCCCUUCGUGCGGGGCUUGACCCAAUCGACCUUGAUGGACUGCAAAUCCUGACGGACCCAGACAUGGCGGUCAUCAGCGACCCAGCCGCGGAGGAAGCUUUCCGCCUCGACCGGUCGUAGUGGUCGCCACGCCUCUGGCCCCCCGCAGAAGAAGAAGAAGAAGAGGGUGGAAGUGUCACUUCCCCGACAACGGGGACGAACGAGCCUGAAAAGCACCAGGAUGGUACGGCGAGGGAGGACCGCCACGACUGAGCGAGGGUCACAAUAGCAUCGCUCUCUCCAUCUUCUGCUGCUGCUGGCAGUUCCUAUUUAAAAUAUGCUAGGAGGCUGAAGCACUUGACGGCAUGCAACCUCCCACUUACCGCACCCAGUCGCGUAACUCUGUGCAAAAUUACUGGUGCCACUUAACAAGCUGUUAGAGCAUCAAUGAAUCGGGAGAGUAUGCAAAAUAUUGCACCCAAACGAAACUUGUUUUCGUUGCUCAUUUCAAUAACGACGACAUCUCCAUCCAAUGAGGGACUGAGCUGGAAAGCGGUAUGCUACGUGGAUAGUUUGAUAUCAUAUCAGUGCAGCAGACGGUAGAGUCGUCAAAAAGAAUAGAAGGAGAAAGAAAGGAAAAUCAUACUGAUCAGCAUAAAAUACAUUUGACGGGACAUUUGUCGGCCAUGUUACCACCCACCAUGUAACGUUGAGGCUUUCACAAUUUAGUGUUUAAUUUGGGUUGUAAGAUCUUUCAUUGCUUUGACACCCAGCAUUUAACUCAGUUGUGUGACGCUGAUCUCCUUAAGUACUUAAUGGCUUUAGUAUAUUAAAUCUACGCAUGUCUGACAAGUACGGUGUUUUGUAAUACCUGUCUUGUGCAGCUGUAUGCUCAUCUUUGGGUCCCUUCAUCUCAAACUUUUCUGGAUCUCUGUCAUGCACAGGCACCAGGUUUUAUCUUAGAUGUGAAUAGAAUAAGAAGCGUUUUGUGAUAUUCUGUGUGACGCAAUAUGAGAUCUUGAAGGUUACGUUUUGACUUUUUCCUCAUUGCAUCUGAGCUUUGCUUGAGGGCACAUUUGAAGGAUGCAUUAUCUGAGCUUGCUGUCUUGCAUUGUGAAGAUCAGGAUGGAACAUGCUGCAUGAGAUCGAUAUCACAAACAGGCUUGUCUUGCAGUCCCCUAAAGGUGCACUCUCAGAGAACCAUUCAGUGUGCACUGCGUCACUAGUGAUUAUGCUAGAUGGUGAUGAAACAAUAUUUGUCCAUGUAGAAAUGCUGCUUCAGAAGCCAAAGUGAGCACAAAGUCUGCGCUCAAUGAAAUCUUCCCCAGAAGACACUGUAGUAUUGUGAAGAGACAGGCACCAACUGUGACUUGUCCAAAGUUGGCAAUAAUGACAGGUUUUGAAAGCCUGAAUGACAAACACUAUCAUGCAGGACAGAGAUGGAGAGAGCGUAUGAGCAUUCUUUCCAACUUCAUCCUUCUUGAAUGCCAUCCCAUGCACACCACCAUGUGAGAUACAUAUUUUUCUUCUUUAAGAUGUGUACAAAUACUUCACCAUCUUUGCAUUAUGGGAAUUGCAGAUGUUGUAAUGCAAGGGAGUUGCUCCUCAUUGUGGAGACACUGUACAGUUUUUAAGCCCUUUGUCUUGCCACAAGCACACGCUGUUUGUUUCUUCCCCUUUAAAUUGUGUUCGUUCAGCAUGAACCUUUUGCCAAACCUUAGUGUGUGUGUGUCAGUCAUCUCCCUCAUGUGGUGCAGACUGUUCUUAGCUCUGGGGAAGCGUAUUAUACUGCAAAAACGGGAUAAAUACCAUAAAGUAUAUGUAAAAUUAAGCAGAUACGUUGGUAAAAUGAGAAGGAAUUGUGCCAUCCUCAGAUGAUGCUGGAAAGAUGCUGUAAUACUUGAGAGUGGAAGCAAGGGACUCAUUCAGUUCUGAUUUCACAUAGAAGCUUCAUGUGAGCCAUCCUUUUAUGCUUGCACUGGUUUUCAUACACUGCAGCUCUCCAUGCAAAGGUCAAUACAAAUGACAGGUAAAAAAUAAGAGAAUAUUAUAUGUCAUUUCUGCUGUAUGGACGCACGUGCAACUGUAAAAUUGAAUCUGGCUUUGCAUCCGCAUUCUUGCUGGUGACUUCUUAGACUAGGAUAUUUCACAGUCAGUUAAUGUGGUUGUUGCACUGGCCUGUUAGUCAUGCACAGCUUUUGACUGACCGUAAUCUAAGCCAACGGUACAGCCAAGGCAUAGAUUUGUAAAUUAAUGCAAACUGCUAUGAUAGUAGAAAGCACAAAUUCUAACUAUCGCACAAAAAUUAAUGGCCCAUUUAACUGUAACUCCUCUAACGUUCUUUAUCUCAUUCAAUGCAAUGAGUGUGAGGCCCAAUAUAUCUGUCGAACAGCUACAUCCUUCAAAAUCCAAUUCAAUAACCACACAUCCGACGUCUCAAAGAAACCUAAUCUGCUAGUGUCUCGACAUUUUAGUAAACCCGGCGAUUCAAUCAACGACAUAUCCAUUUUCGUUCUGCAAUCGGGUUUUCAAUCCUAACGCCUUAGAGAACAACUUCAACGCAAGCACCCUUCAAUAUUUAUUAUUACUAGUAUAUUUGUCUUUCAGCUCAUCGUUCUGCCGAAAUUAUUUUUGCCAAGCAAAACAAAAGAAAGGAAAAAAACAGUGACAUCGAGAAAGAGGUUACACCAAUAUGUAUGCACGGUCAUCCAGGGGAUGCACCCAGGCUUAUGUCUACAAUCAGAUAGACUAGAAGCAGGGGACUUCCUUAGGACCCGUAUUAGUGCGCUUCUAAGGAGGAAAUAAAGGGCCAGACAAAAAGAGACGCACGAUGAACACCAGCCAAGCAUUGCACGUGCUACGAGGAGCCGAUGUUCAAACUCAAAAUGUCCGCCAAAUCACACAGAUGAAGAGCGAUCCGUGCAGAGAAACUGUGUUACGCAGUGAAGCGCAUUGUGCAGCGAUGCUUUCUAUCAUUAUUAAACAAAAACGAAGAAAGAUAUGAAUUUUUUGUUGUGACGAGCACAUGCAGACUUUAUACAACACCAUAAAUCGAAAUGCCCAUGCAGACUCAUCACUAAACCCGUCGCCACUCAAAGUAAUUGACCCGCUUUCGCUGCAUUACUUUUAAGCUUUGAAACUCAUCUUUUACGUCAUGGUUAAGUCAAAAUGACAUAGGGUCACGGUCCGAGAUUAGGGCUGAGAUGCUGCGAAGGAAAACUAGGGAUAAAUUUCCCUUGAAAUGACAUUGACAUUGACUCCUGGUUGCAGUUUGGAUAUCAAUGUUAUAAAGAUAUUUUUUUAUUUAGCACAUGCUAUGGGAUGAGCCUGCACACCAUUCUUGAAGGCCUCAUGGAAGACAGUGAAAAUGUUGUAGUAAGACCAAGUGUAUGUGAAACAAAAUUUACAACUUGCUUAUGACAUUUUUGCUUCAGAAACCUGUACUUGUUCACCUUUCAAUUUAUGCCUCAGAAAGCUGUUUCUCAAAAUUUUUGGCAUGUGGGACACAAAUUUUUCUAACAGUCCAAUGCUUUCCAGUGCAUGUGAGGAUGGUAUUGUAUUUGCAUACUUGCCACAGUGGUGUGGUGCCACAGUGUGAUGACUGUUGUAAGUUUGGUCAUACAGAGGUGUGACCCAUGAGAGGAUGCACAAAAUGUUGUGAUCAACGUGGUGUGGUCUGGUACCUUUAUUCCCAAAAUAAGAUUGUUCCGAUAAAAUCUUGCAUCACAUUGUACUUGCGACAUGAACACUCGUGAAAGCCAGAUGGGAUUUACGAGAAUUGAAGACGGGAUAUUUAAAAUAUACAUAUAUAUUAAUUCGGGCAACAAGAAAUCAUGCUGAUGCUCUUGCAAUGACUGAGUGUGAAGAAGCAAAGUGCACGGAAAGAUGUAUGUUUUGUACUUAGCAGUGUUAUUGCUGUUAUUAUUUGUAAGUAGUACUUCAAAUAUUGAAGAUGUAAGGUCCAUAGUCUGUACAUCUCUUUUUACAUUGCCCCAAGAUUAGACGUUUUGAAAUACCCAACAAGUACUAAGAACUGUUCUGUUGAGCGUCAAAAAAUUGGCGAAGCAAUGGAACUUCACAAAUGGAACUUCACACGCUGUGCACACAGCAUCCCCACAUGCUAUGUGAAUGGGCCAUAGAAACAUCCUGCCCCAGUUGCGUAAAAGGAUAUGCCCCCUCGAGUGCUUUGAACUAUACCAUGACAGCAAUACAGAGGUAACAAGUUCCAAGAAGGUACAUGACCUCUUGUUGGCAUGUUUCAAGAGCUGGCAACUGUGCUCAGAGAAUUGUGUUUUCCCUGUCACUGACAGAUGGUCAGCAUGUAGCAUCACUCACUACGGUGACAUAAAGAUCAGCACCUAUGAUGGCAUUUGACAUAAUUUAAAAAAUAAGGAAAAUAAGCACUCUUCUGUACAGAGAGUCACCUGGUACAUUUGUUCAGUGGGAUUUCAUGCAAAGCGUCAGUAUGUACAUGGGGAGGGUAAUGAAAGGGAAAAUAUGUACUGACAAGCGUUGGUCAAACUGGUCAGGCUAACCUCAAUGUUCAUUGUUUUAGUUAAACCACACGUGUGCCAGCACAUGAGUAAUACGUAGCAUUGCUCUUCGUAUCAGAGGGCAGCCAGCCCUUUUAUUGUGCUCUCUGAGGAUAUUCAGGCAAAGCCGCAGGUUCAAAGUAUGGUAGGUCAGCUAUGAAAUUGAUUACAUGAUAGAUAUUAUGUGACCUCGUAUGCGAGACACCAGAACGCUUGCUUAUCACUGUGUUUUGGGAGGGAAGUGGACCCAAGUACAUUUUACUUGCAUUGCAUUUUUCUCUGCACAUUGUUUGUUAGAAUCCGAUCAGUGAGUUGUUGUAUGAAAAGCAACUAGGGUAUACUCUGAAGGGUCGCAUUACAUGAGUAACAGUAUUUGUAAGAAGGGGAUUGGCAGACGUCUUCAUUAUAGUUCACUGGCGAAAGACACACGUGAAAUGGAGAUGACCCUGAAAGUACAAAAGAAAAGUACUGUUAUUUGAAAGAGAGUCUGUAUAAUAUUGCUUCUCAAGACAGAUCCCUUCUAUUUCCAGGUGUUGCUUUAUCUUCAUGCACCAUUCCAGGUGUUGUGAACAGUGUAGUUGUGCUUUGUAUAGCUACGGUACCCGGUGUUUGGACAGCAUUCAGAAUGCCACCUGUGCAGGUUGCUGUGGGGAAGAAUGAUUGUACAUUGAUGGUAGUGACCUUGUUGAAAAUAAUGUGUGUGAAUGCACCCUUAUUUGCAUUCUCAUGUAUAGUACUGUACAGUAUCGACACUUCUUGGAAAACUGCCAUUCAUUAACUCCGAUGGAGUAAUUUGACAUACCAAACGUGGUAUAACAAUCAAACUGUAAAGUAAACCAUGCAUGUGUCUUGCAAAGUCAUCAGAAGCCAUCUUUAAUUAUUUGUUUCUCAACCUGUAGGAGGGUGGCACCACACAAAAUCUUCUUUGACCGAUUGGCGGUGCUAGUGGACGAACAGAAAGGGCUGACAAGUGGGGGGUACACUGCACUGUAAUUUUUACAUCCCACCCCUAUGCUCAAUUAUAUUUUGUUGUUGCGAUGGCCAUUUGUACAGGAAUUUUUGAUGAAUGAAGAAUAAUCAUCAUUUUUCAACUCUGA